CCAGUCCAGUCCAGUUCAGUCCGGUCCUAGCAAUAUAACUAACGAAACGGGCGUCACCGUGCAGACCAGCCUACCAAACCCAAAACCAAGCUUUCCCACUCAUCCUCCGUCGUCGUCUCGCUCCCAUCAUCCCCCAACCCCGAACCGGCAAGUCGCUCUGUACCACCUACCUACCUACCUACCUCACCAAACCGACCUAUCCAAUGGCAUCCCGCCAAGCCUUCCGAAGCCUAGCUGCUUCCACUCCUUCUUCUUACACAACCACCUCUACUACCCUCCGCGCCGCCUCCGCCGCUUCUCGUCGUUGCGCAUCUACUCUCCAGAACACCACUACUCGUCGCAGCACUCAGUGGACUUCUUCCACUUUCCAGCAAGGGCAAGGAAGAAGCAACAAGAGAAGCUACAGCACUCCCGGUGGCUCUCCCCCGCCUAGGGACACGAACAAGAUCAGCUUUUGGCCUUUUGUGGCGCUGAUUGCCUUGACGUCCGGAGGGUAUAUGUUGUUGGUUAACCGGAGAAAAGACAUGCCUCCCAACCCCACCUCCUCCUCAGCCGCGGCUGCUCCCGCCCCCUCCACAACCCCUGCCUUCUCCCCCUCCGACGUAACCGUCAUCUUCGUCCUCGGCGGCCCCGGCGCCGGCAAGGGCACCCAAUGCGCCCGUCUAGUCCGCGACUACGGCUUCACCCACCUCUCGGCCGGCGACCUGCUCCGCGCCGAACAAGACCGUCCCGGCUCGCAAUACGGCCAAUUAAUCCGCGACUGCAUCAAGAACGGCGCCAUCGUGCCCAUGGAAGUCACCGUCGCUUUGCUCGAAAACGCCAUGCGCGACACUCUUAGCUCGUCCAAAACUGGUGGUAAAGGUCGGUUCCUGAUUGAUGGGUUCCCCCGCAAGAUGGACCAAGCCGUCAAGUUCGAAGAGGUCGUUUGCCCUGCCAAGAUGGUGCUCUUUUAUGAUUGCCCGGAGCAGGAGAUGGAGAAGAGGUUGCUGGAGCGCGGCAAGACGAGCGGGCGUGAAGAUGAUAAUGCCGAGAGUAUCAGGAAGCGGUUCAGGACGUUUGUGGAGACGAGCAUGCCGGUUGUGGAUCACUAUGAAAGGGAAGGAAAGGUGGUCAAGGUGGAUUCGACGCCGGGGCCGGAUAAGGUGUAUGAGGAGACGAGAAAGCAGUUGAGGAGGGUGUUUGGGGAUAAGUUUUAGAGGGGGUUGACUUGACUUACUCCGGGGAUGAGAUGGGAGUGGUUGACGGGGGGGUUAAGGUAACUUGGUUUCUACUAUUUCUGAGAUGGGGUUGGCCGUUCCAUGAAAAUAAAAACUUUUAA